UAUCUUAUACAGAUUUCUAAAAUGAACCAUAUGGAGAAACACAAUCAUACUGCAGCAACUGAGGUAACGGAAUUUAUUCUCAUGGGCAUCACUGAAAAUCCUAGGCUGCAAGCACCGCUCUUUGGAAUCUUCAUCUUCAUAUACUUGGUCACAGUGAUAGGCAAUCUGGGCAUAAUUAUCUUGACCCAUUUGGACUCCAAGCUACACACACCCAUGUACUUUUUCCUUAGACAUUUGUCAGUUACUGAUCUUGGUUACUCCACCGUCAUUGGUCCUAAAAUGAUGGUAAACUUUGUAGCACACAAAAAUACGAUUUCCUUCAACUUGUGUGCCACCCAGCUAGCAUCCUUUGAGAUUUUCAUCAUCACUGAACUGUUUAUUCUAUCAGCAAUGGCCUAUGAUCGUUAUGUGGCUAUCUACAAACCUCUUCUCUACGUGGUCAUCAUGGCAGAGAAAGUACGCUGGUUGCUGGUACUUACUCCCUAUCUCUAUAGCACAUUUGUGUCCUUAUUUCUCACAAUUAAGUUAUUUAAAUCAUCCUUCUGUCGCUCUAACAUUAUCAGCUAUUUUUACUGUGACAGUCUCCCACUGAUGUCCAUGCUCUGUUCUGACACACAUGAAUUAAAAUUGAUCAUUUUGAUCUUUUAAGGCUGCAAUUUGCUCUCUUCCUUCUUGAUUGUUCUUGUAUCCUACAUGUUUAUUCUUGUAGCCAUCCUCCGAAUGAACACAGCUGAGGGGAGGUAUAAAGCCUUCUCCACCUGUGGCUCCCAUCUGACAGUGGUGGUUGUAUUCUACGGGACACUCUUGUUUAUUUACUUGCAGCCUAAGUCCAUCCCUGCAUUUGAUAUUGAUAAAAUGGCUUCUGUGUUUUAUACUCUGGUGAUCCCUAUGCUGAAUCCAUUGAUCUAUAGCCUAAGGAACAAAGAAGUAAAAGAUGCCCUAAAGAGAACAUUAAGUAACCGAUGCAAAAUUCCCACACUAUUUUAA